UCAUCUUAAUUUAAAAAAAAAAAAAAAAAAAAUCAAGACCAAGUGCAAGAUCUAAAUAAAUUAAUAAACAGUUUGGCUUAUCUACUUGCACUAUUUAUAUAUUUAUAUAUCAAUUGUAUAUUUAAGUAUUUGAUAAGUCGAUGAUAAAUAUAUCAAAUGUUUACCGAAUUUGAGGCUGCAUUUUAUUCAUCGGAACAGCUGGUGAUUUAAUUGUUCGGUGACCGCUUAUAAUGAAUAUAAAGCUGAUGUACUUGCAGAAAUAGAAUUUUCUUCUGAGAACUAGCGGUCGUGAGUACUCCUAUGGAAAGAAAAAAAUCAUAUCAGUGGAUUUUAUAUAAUUAAUUGUUGAUAAAUUAACUGGGUAUUAAACAACGAUUGUAAUUAAUUACUUUAACAUUAUAAAUAAUUAAAAAAAACAAAAUGGCUGGAUUAGGAGCCGCAAUACCAUCGGUUGCAGGAACAACGGCACCAUUACCAAUCACAUCAAUAUCUCUUGGUAGUACGCAUAAAAAAAGUUUGUUACGUAGAGUUGCUCCUUGCUUAGCAUUUCUCGCGGCGUUUUCAUCUGCGAUGGCUUUGCUGUUGAUUUGGAGUGAAGCUGCUGCUCUCAGAAGACAAGCAUUUGAUGCAAAUAUGACAAAAGAUUACGUACUGAGAAGUGUAUCGAUGGAUAAUCCUCAGUUAGUUGCCUAUAUACGUGAAGUACAAUUAAAGAAAGCGACUCGUCAGUAUAAUUAUAACGUAACAGAAACACUUGAAGAGAAAUCAUUAGUUACUCUUCUUCAGGGUAAACGUAAUGGUAUUUACCUCGAGUACAUAAACCGGCCGGGUGCUGUGUUUACAACCUCCUGGCUCGAAGCCAAAUAUGGCUGGCGUGGUGUCCUUGUACUUACUGAUUUUAGAUCAUUUUUUGAAACAUGUAAAAGUAAUAGAAAUCAAGCAACUCGUGUUCUCCAUGCUUGUUUGAGUACCGACAAAGACACCAAGGAGAUAACUUAUCAUCAAGAAUCAGAAGUACGGGUCACCAAAUUAGGGGAGGGGCCAAACAGUAUUAUUUUCACUGAUGAAGGUCUGCCUACAAUGAGACUUAAGUGCUUCCCACUGUAUAGUGUUCUUCUUGCAUACAAUCAUACGACUAUCGAUUAUUUGAAUCUUGAUAGCACUGACAUAUCUGAUAUUCAGGUACUUGAUACACUUCCAUGGGACAAAGUUCAAAUAAAUUUCUUAUCGAUACGUUGGAGCGACCAUCAUACUGACGCUGAAUUCAAAGCUCUUAGUGACAAAUUAAAAGCUAGAAAGUACAGGUUUCUUCAACCAACAGACACGGGAAAAUUAAUAUUUAUGUAUUCAAGAGUUAAAAUUUAAUUCAUUUUUAUUUAUCAAUUAUUAUGGAGUGAUAAAUGCCAGUGGUAGAAAAUAAGUAAAUACAAUUGCAGAAUCAUACCCUCGUAAUUCGAUAGUACGAGAAAAUUUCAUCAAUUACUGUAUUAAUUUUUUUUUUAUAAGUAAUGUCUUAAGUUAGAUUAUUAUUUUUUUUAGUGAUUACAAAAUGGUGAUAAAAAAAAAAUUUUUUUUUUUUUUUCAAAUCCAGGCUGUAAUAAUCGUAAAUUUUAUUUAACUUUAAAAGUCAAUUUUUUUUCGAUGAUUUUUAUUUUUAAAUCUACUUAAAUAAUCAGUAAUAUAGUAUUUCAUAUAUAUAUUAGGGUGGUCGUUAAAAAUUAAAUUUUCUCAGACGCCUCAUAAAAAGCAUCUUUUUUAGUGAAAAAAUAAGUGGGGAAUUUGGUUUGUUUUUUUUUAAGUAAAAAGAACUCGUGUCUCAGGACGAUCAAAGUUCAUUUCUCGAUACAAUCGCGGUUUUUUUUUAAUAUCUCAUGAAAUAUGCAGAUUAAAGGAAAAAAUCAUAGGAGCAAUUUUGCAGGAAAUUAAAUUCUUGACAAAAAAGGUCAUGUUCAUUUUUUUUAUAAAAUGUGUAUUUAUGAAGAUAUUGUUAAUAAACUUUUUAGAUCUGAAUUGAGUGAUUUAAGGAUUACAAAUUUUGAAAAUAACAUUUUUCUAAGUAUAUAGAAAAUAUAACAAGCUUUAAUAAUUGAUAUGUUACGAGUUACGAAGUUGUCUAUAUUUAAGAA